UGAAUCUUCAGUUUGAUUUAUUUUAUCGCACUAUUAAUAGUUUCACAAAAAGGAUUAAUUCGGAAUAUUUCUUUACGUUUCAAUUUUCGAUUAAUAAAGUUGGUAGUACAUGUGCGAAAUUGUAGCGGCAAGUUAAAUUCAUAGUACUCUACUGUAUAAAGAUCAAGAUGCAAGUGCAACUGGAUCGUAUUAUAAUUUUUAAUUUUAAGUCGUUUAAAGGAGAAGUAACUGUUGGCCCCAUUAAACCAUUCACAGCUAUUAUAGGUGCAAAUGGAUCAGGAAAAUCAAAUAUUAUGGAUGCAAUUAGUUUUGUUAUGGGUGAAAAAGCUAAAAGUUUGCGUGUUAAACAACUCAAUGAGCUUAUCUACGGUACAUUUAGAGGAAUACCCAUAGGACACAGAGCAUAUGUAACAGCUGUAUUUGUUUUUGAAGACAGUAGUGUUGAAACUUUUACAAGAACUAUAUAUCAUACUUCUUCAGAAUAUAAAAUUAAUGAUCAAGUAGUUGCUGCUCAGUUAUACAUGUCUAAAUUAAGGAAACUAAAUCUCAAUGUAACAACUAAAAAUUUUUUAGUAUUUCAAGGAGCUAUUGACUCCACAUUAAUGAAAACGCCAAAAGAAUAUACUCAUAUGUUUGAAGAAAUUAGUAAUUCAAUUGAAUUAAAGGAGGAAUAUGAAAGGUUAAAAAAUGAAAUUGUUAAAGAAGAAAAUGAAAUUAAAUAUUUGUACAAAAGUAAAAAGGAUCUUCUUUCAAGGAAGAAAUAUGUUUCAUUAGAAAAAAAGGAAGCAGAUAAAUAUAAAAAGCUUCAUAAUGAAUAUUUAAGUAAAAAAACAGAAUUGUAUCUCUUCGAAUUAUUCCAUAUUCAAAAAGAUAUUGAAGAUUUACAUGUUACUCUGAAGGCUACAGAACUGAAACUGAUUAAAUACAAAACAGAUAAAGACAAUGAAAGCGACGUUUUAAAAGAGCGAAAAAGGCAAUUAAAAAUUGCACUUGAAACUUUGGAAAAUAUCGAACAGGAUCUCUUUAAUUUAGAAAACGGUGUAAAAAUGAAACAGACAAAUUUGUUAGAAGCUAAAGAAAAAGUUUCAUAUUGCGAACAAAAAUUCAACUCUAUUAGUCGGAAGCUAUCGGAAGCACGAGAAUUGAAUAAAUCUCACUUAAAAGCAAUAAAAGAAUUAAUGCAAAGAAAAGACGAAUUAAUGCAAAUGAAAUCUAAGCUCGAAGAAGAUAUAGCAACUCAUUUAUUGUCUCAAGGCAGCAGUAUUCAAUUUAAUGAUAUACAAGUGGAAGAAUAUUUUCAUUUGAAACAAACAGCUGGGGCACAGUGUUCAGAAAAUAUACAGGUGUCCAUUUCUCUUAAACGUGAACAAAGUGUGAACCAAAAUAAAUUAGAUAACGAAAAUAGGAAAAAAUAUGAGUUAGAAGCUACAUUACAGCAAAAAAGUAUUUUAAAAGGUGAAACAGAAAGACGUAUUAAAAGACUUCAACAAUGUAUGGAUGAAAAUCAGGAUAUGUUAACAAAUAAAAUAAAUACAAAAUAUAAUUUAGAGAACAUGAUUGUUAAAGAAAAAAAGGAUGUGGAAUCUAUACAACAAGAAUUACAAUGUCUCUCUGAACAACUUGAUUCUGCAAAAUUAGAUAAAUUCACAACUUCACGCCUAAUUAAAGGCGAAGAAACAAUCAAAAUUUUACAAAAUCUUUUUACUGGUGUGUAUGAUCGUUUAUAUAAAUUGUGUAAGCCUAUUCAUCCUAAAUACGAUGUUGCUAUGACAAAAGUAUUGGGAAAAUACUGCAACUCAAUCAUUGUCUCUACAAACAAAGUAGCAGUACAGUGUAUCAAUUAUUUAAAGGAACAAAAAAUAGGAACUGAAACAUUUCUGCCAGUGGAGAGUUUGAAAGUAGAACCAAUAAAGAAAAACCUACGCGGAAUUACAAACCCAAAAAAUGUAAAACUUUUGUACGAUGUACUUAACUUUGAACAUAGAGAAAUUAACAAUGUCAUCUUGUUCGUAACUAAAAACACCCUUGUUUGUGAAACGUCGGAAGAUGCAAUCAUAUUGGCAGAUGAAAUGGAACCAACUAAAAUCAAUUGCGUUACAUUAGAUGGAACUUAUUAUACGAAGCAUGGCAUAAUUUCUGGAGGGCAGGUUGAAUUAUUAAAGAAAGCUGAAAUAUGGAACGAAAAAAACUUAGUCCAAUUAAAGUCAAAAAAGAUAAUGCUAAUGGAGGAAUUGAGGAAAAAAAUGAAAAUUUCUCAAAAUGAAUCUGAAAUAAUUACAUUAGAUGUACAGAUUCAAAGUUUAACAAAUAAAUUAAAUUAUUGCAGAUUUGAUUUAAGAGAUUCUGCAAGUGUUUAUCGUGAUUUUUUUUUUUAA